AUGCUCGAAACCAAAAUUGAAGGAGAAAAUAUCAGAGUGCAAUUUUUUAACGAAGACGAUUUUCGCACGGUACAAGAUUAUCUCGAAAAAGCUCCAAUCCCAUUCCACACAUUCCUUCUCACUAAAGAAAAGAACUUAAAAACAGUCAUUAAAGGUUUAACUGCACAGACCCCAAUAGAAGAAAUAAAAGAAGAGCUCAAAUUACAUGGAAUCACUGUCUUAAAACUUCACCAAAUUCAAAGAAUGCGAGAUGGAAUUCCCGCAUUGCUGCCGAUUUUCUACCUUGAAACCCCAAGAACGGCGCAGGAGAAAGAAAGAAGUUUUAAUAUAACGCACAUUAGUGACAUGCGAGUGCGAAUAGUCGGUUACAACACAAGACCCGGCCCGUCUUCAACUCAAUUGUAUAUAAGGAGCUUAGACAUCAUUUUUGAGCAUAUUUCUUCCGUAAGCAUUAUGGGAACAUCCAAGAUGUGGGUCACAUGGACAUUACUUAGCUGCUUGAUUCUCUCAGUUUCUGAAGGCUAUCUUAGCCGCGGAGGAGGAGGAGGAGGCAGUUAUGGCGGCGGUGGCGGCGGAGGCCAUAGAGGCGGAGGAGGAUACGGAGGUGGUGAUGGUUACGGCAGUGGUGGAGGAGGUGGUUAUGGUGGAGGAGAUGGAUAUGGUCACGGGGAAGGAAAUGGCCAUGGAAGUGGUUACGGAAGCGGCAUUGGAAGUGGUGGAGAAGGUGGCCAUGGUGCUGGCGGAGGUGGAGGUGGUCACGGAAGUGGAUACGAAGGUGGUGGUCACAGAGAUGGUGGCCAUGGAGGAGAGAAGAUCUUCCUUACAGUGCCCGUUAAAUCUGGUGGAGGAGGAGGAAGCUACGGAGGUGGUAAAGAAAGGUAUGGUGGAGGUGGCAGUAAAUAUGGAGGAGGAAACAGUUACGGAGGCAGUGGCGCCGGAGGUCAUGGUGCUAGUGCAGAAGGUGGUUAUGCAGGUGGCGAUGGGUAUGGAAGCGGAAAUGGUCAUGGAUAUGGAAGUGGUGGAGGAGGUGGUCAAGGAAGCGGUUCUGGUUAUGGAAGCGGCGGUGGAGGUGGUCAUGGAAGCGGUAGUGGAAGUGGUUAUGGAAGCGGCAGCGGAAGUGGUUAUGGAAGCGGUAGUGGAAGUGGCUAUGGAAGCGGUAUUGGAAGUGGUGGAGGAGGUGGUGCUGGCCAUGGAGGUGGCGGUCAUGGAAAAAAUAUUUUCCUUGCAGUGCCUAUUAAAUCUGGCGGAGGAGGUCAUGGACAUGGUAAGGGGAGCUAUGGAGGUAGUGCCAGCAAAUAUGGAGGCAGCAGCAGCGGAUAUUCCCUUUCCAGCAUUGGAGAAGGUGGAUACGAUGGUGCUGAAUAUGGAAGCGGACAUGGCAAAGGUAUGGCCCACGUAGGUCUCAGCCUUAAAGGUACUGGAGGUGGACAUGGUAGUAGAGGUGAAGAAGGAGGCCAUGGUGGAGGCUCUGGAGGUGGAAGUGGAUCAGGUAGUGGAUCUGGAAGUGGACAGGGCAGUGGAUAUGGCAGCGGAUCAGGCAGCGGAUAUGGCAGCGGAUCAGGAAGUGGACAGGGUAGUGGAUCAGGAAGUGGACAGGGCAAUGGAUCAGGCAACGGAUAUGGCAGUGGAUCAGGAAGUGGAUAUGGUGGAGGAUCUGGAAAUGAUGGUAAAGGAGGAAAAGGUGGAUACUGGUAAUCAUUUCCAGAAAUAAUCUGACAUGAGAAGUUGUUAGAAGUUGUUUCUCCGUUUGAAAAUCAUGGAGCUUCUUGCACAACUGAUGUUCCUCGUAGCAUUCUGACUGUUUGGUAUCAGUAACUAGGAUUGAUAGAUAUUCUUGGUCAGAGAUCCAAGCGAAAAAAAAAAGGAUCAAAGGCAUUGGGGUGGUCCUUUUUCUGUAUAAUUUCUUUAAACUCAUGCAGUAAUAAAGUGAGAUUUGUAAAUAUUA